GAGGCCCGGAGGCCGUGCCGCGCUGCUAUGCCGGUUCAGUCUUGGUUCGGCUGGUUACUGCAACCGAUCGGCUGGUGACGUGAUACACUCGUGACAUGUGUCACGCGAGUGUUACUGUCGUUGUUGUCGUCAUUAUUACUACUAACGCCGCUUAGACGCGAAUCGAAUUUAGCUAUAUUGUCAACUAUAUUGCUCAGUUUGUAGCGUAUAUCAAUAUUCAAUAAAAUUAAUGAUGAUGGUGGAUGGUCCUGACUCGAUGGAGGCACACGUGCAUCCCGAAGGAUCUGUUGAAAUGAAUUCAGGAAUAGUGAUGCAAAGAGACGAGGAUACGCCGCAAAUCAUCUCACCAACUACUACUAUAAGUACUAUAGCUGUGCAAAGCGGAGACACGCGUGUAGUAAUCGCUUUACUUCAAAGCGGUGAAUGGCUAAAGCUGAAAAUACUCGAGCUACAACCAGAAUUAACGAAACUUGGUGCUUCCGUAAAAGAAGCCACGGAACUCUCAAAUGCACACGAUCAAGUGUUACUUCGAUUACAGAACAAACAAAGCCCGGUGGAAGAGUUAUUGCGACAAGCUGAUCAUUUAAUCGCGACUCAGAGACCAAGAGCAGAAGUGUACACUGCCAUGGCGGAGACAUUAGGUCAGGCAUGGCGUGAUGUAAAUCAACUUUUAGAACGUCGUAAGGAAAUACUCGACCAAAACGUAUUAUUUCAAUGUCGCGCGGCAGAAUGUAGAGAAAGGAUGGAAGCGUUGGAAAUGGCGUGUAACGACACGUUACUACCGAUCGAGAUAGAAGCAGUAAAGAGCUUUUUAUCGAAAAUUCAAGAUCUUCGAAAAGAUAUGUUGGAAUCAUUGAUGGGUGCGUUGCGAGAGGGUAAAAGUUUGCUGGAUGGACUCAAGGAAUUGGUAAACGAAGGCACUUUGGAUUCUAGGCCGGAUACAAUUAAAGCUGAAGCUAAUCAUGCUGUGUUGCGAGUUGAAAAAUGGCUGGAAGAACUUCACGAUAGAAGGCGGCUGAUCGAGACAUCUUUUCGUAGCAGAAAAACUCAAUUGGAGCAAUGUCUCGCUCUCGCACUACUUGCAACCGAUCUUCGCGAUCUCGAAGAAAUUCUCAAUGACAGAAUCACUGCAUUGGAGGGCAGUUGCGAUCAAUUGGGAGAUUCCGUAUCUAGCGUGGAGCUGCUUCUUUUUGAAUUAAAAAAGUUGCAAGUCGAAGCAAAGGAGUUUCAAGAUAGGGCUAUUAAAAUAACUAAAUCGACCGAACGAUUAGUGUCAUCGGGACACUUUGCAGGCGAACAAGCGACCGAACAGGCAUACGCGAUUCUUAGCACCGCUGCCGAUUAUAUCAACGACUUAGAUCAAUACAAUAUAUUGUUGAAUAGGGCAAUAGCCUUUUUCGAUUAUGCACAAUCGGCUAUCACAAAACUGGACCAGCUGGAAAUUCAGUUGAUGACAACGGAGUAUCCUCCUUAUUCAGCACGACUGGCACGUUUUCAUGCGCAAACAGUGGCUACGAUAGAAGACAUAACUUCAAGGCCAUUGUCAGAAGGAUAUACGCUUCUAGAUAUCACGGGAAAAGAAGUAUCUGGUGCCGAGGGUGUAAGGAAUACUAUAGAAAAAUUGGAGAAUCGCAAAUUUUGUUUGAUGGAACGAUGUACAGCUCAUAAAGAAGAAAAUGUGGAGGUUUCGAGAAUACUUGCUGCAUUUUCAGAUAAGCAUGACGCAUUACAAGCUUGGCUAACUAAUACCGCCAAAGCCUUUCUUCAAAAGCAUCACGAUAUGGGCAGCGAUCUGGCAAUGGCACGUGAUUUUCGCCAAGUUCAUUGUCAAUUGCUAGCUGAAUUGAAAAGUAAAAGCGAGGAGGUAGAUCAUUUAGAAUUGGAAAUUAUUCCAAUCAUAGAACGCCUGGACGAAAUACAGAAAUACGAAUUACAAUUAAAAAUAAAGAAUCUUGAAGACGAAUGGACGAAAACAAAGAUUACAAUGGUAAAAAGAAUUGAUUUGGGGACUAUUUAUGUACAGUUUCAUGAAAUUGUGGAACAAUUGACUCAUGAAACAGACUCUAUCGAUAAUGAAUUGAAAAAGCAUGAAGCUGUGUUAAAUGAGCCUAGGUUUAAUGAACUAGAAAAGAAAUGGAAAUCUUUUGAGUCACUUUAUAAAAAACUUGAUAAUCAGGCGAAAGUAUUUCUCAAUGAAACGAGCAAAAUUGAUGACUGUUACCUCGGUAUAUCGCAAGCUUGUCUGUGUGUUGAGACUCUCUUGGAAAAGUUUGCUAAUCGACAACUGGUUUUGCUAGAGUCAAGAGAAAAAUGGCAGACUGCUAUCCAAAUAACGAGACAAAAGCGAAUAGAAUGUGAGCAAAAAGUACAAGAAAGUACAAGGACAUUAGAGUGGAUUACAAAACUUGAGGCAACACUGUAUCCAAUGAUAAUAACACGAUCUUCCAGAAUAGUUGAUAUUUUGGAUAAUUUGGAAGAUGUGAGAAAACGAAUCAUACUUGAAUUGAACAAAGCUCUUCAGGAAUUGGAUGUUCGAAUCAAAAGUAUUCAAGUAUUUGUCGAAAGAGGUGAAACUAAAGUAGCCGAGCAAAUCUCAGAGAGACUCGUGCAAAUGCAUGAAAAGAUGAAUACUAUCGUCAAAGAUUACGAAAUAUUGUUAGAAUCUUUAAUUUCUAUCUUUAAGAAUCUAGAGAAGAUCGAGCGUAAAAUUGAAGAAGCAAAGCAAGAAACUGAAUAUGCAUCAAGUUCUACCAAGCUGAUUGAUGUGGAUGGUUCUUUAAAUAAACUUGAUAUAAUAAAAACAUUUAUUGCGGAAUCUUUACGGCGAGCACGUACAAAAUCUGAAGCAGUAAUUAACAAUAUUAAACUACAGGAACCGCCAGAAUCAGCAAUACAAGAUAUUGAGAAACUAAAACGUACAAUAGACUCCAUGAGUGUCAAAUUUGAAUCGUUCCAAACCGAAACGUCAAGCCAUCUUGAAAAACAUCGACGUCUUUGCAUUUUUAGAGAGGAUCUCGAAAAGAUUAAUUCGGAUCUACGUGAAUUGCAUGAACAGCUAAAGAAUAUGGACGGAAAAAUUGGUGACAAUUUAUCAGUAUCGAAAGCGACACUAGCUGCUUUCGAACAGUUUGAACAAACAAUAAUGAUUUUGGAAGAGAGAAUUGAGACCUUUGUAAAAAAGACAGAAGGAACAAUUGUUCCAUUAACUCCACAAGUGACGGAUGAAAUUUUAUCUCUGCGAAACAGAUGGGAUCAUCUGAUGAAAUAUGUUAGGGAUACCAAGAAGAGAAUGAAUUUAAGUAUUGACUAUUUCGUACUCUUGGAAGAAGCUAAACAGUGGUUUAGGGAAGGUAGUAAACUUUUAGUAAUUGUUGCACGUAAGGCAACAACUGUAAAAGUCUCUGAAGAAGCCACUGAUUUACUGCGAGAGAUUGAUACUUAUGUAAAGCCUGGCGAAGAGCAGCAGGAAAGGAGAAUUGAGAAGCUGAAACAAUUAUCGACAAUAGUUUUCGGUACAGACAGACUUCCGCAAUUCAAUGAAGUGGUAGUAGAGAAUCGGCAAAUGCUAGACUCCUUUGUAGUCAUUUCUUCCGAGUUGCGUACUUUGAGUCAAAAUUUACAGAAUGCCGAAGAUCUCCGAGAGAAAUUGCAAAUUGAGAAGCUAGAAGCAGAUAAAAAACUGCAAGCUGCUAAAAUAGAAAUGGCUGCGGCGGAAGCUGCAAAGAUGGAAGCAGAAAAUGCGAAGAAGCUUGCAGAACAGCUUGCCGCUGAAGCUUUAGACAAAGCUGCGAUAGAAGUGAAAAGAUUAAAAGAGGAAGAAGCACGAAAAAUUCCCGUUUCUCACUCUGUCUCCGCCCAAACUGAUGAGACCAUAAUUGAAGAAACAAUUACUUCGGCCGUGACGACGAAAGAAAUUCAUAUUCUCCAACAGACAGAAGUCGAGAAAAGUGUUCCGGUUAUACGAAAGGAAACUAGUCCACCAAGAGAGUCGGUAUCCGAGGAGAAACAAGCACAAACGGACAAAAUUGCUUCAUUGGCUCCAGAAUUCACAAUUCCUUUACGUGAUGCGAUGGUUCAAGAAGGCAAAGAGUUCAGUUUAGAAUGCCACUUAAUUGGUCAGCCAAUACCAGAAAUAAUAUGGUACAAAGAUGGAAUAUCAAUUUUGAAUAAUCCAGACUAUUUGACAACUUAUGCAAACGGUGUUUGUACUUUAAAAAUAGAAGAGACAUUUGCUGAGGAUUCUGCUAAAUACACUUGUCGUGCAUUUAAUAUUCUUGGCUCUGUCGAAACAUCGGCCACUCUCACUAUCAAAGAAACUAUAACGGAAGAACAACCAAGUGCCCCCGUUUUCGUGAAAGAAUUGCAGCCUUCUUUUGCGAGGGAAGGAUGUUGUCAUAAAUUAGAGUGCACUGUUAAAGGAAAUCCUCUACCAACGGUACAAUGGUACAAAAAUGAUAUCAACAUUGAUAAUUCUCCGGACUACGUUAUUACUUUUAAUAAUGGAGAAGCUAUUUUAAAGUUUGAUGAAGUUUUCUUGGAAGAUAAAGCUUCGUAUACCUGUAAAGCAACAAAUCAAUGGGGUCAGUCAUCUACUACCACUUUUCUGGACGUGAAACCCGCCCAAAUUUCCGCAAAGAAACCAUAUUUUGUGGUACCAUUAUCAAAUAUUAUGGUCAGGGCAGGGCAGGAAGUAAAAUUGGAAUGCGAAGCUAACGGAGAUCCAGUUCUCGAAUUAAUAUGGACUCACGAUGGGAAGCCGUUUGAAGAAAGCAAACAUCACAAAAUUCAAACGAACGGUGCUCAAACAUGUUUGAUCAUUGCGGAAGCUUUCCCGAAAGAUGCCGGAUCUUAUACAGUGACUGCCAGUAAUGAAAUCGGAAAAGCCACCUCAACUUGUACCGUUUUUGUGAAAGAACGUUCGCUUCAUGAGACCAGCGAAUCUGAUUUUAUUUGUAGCGACACAAAACCAAUAACCCCGAAAUUUCAGUUACCUUUGCAAGAUCUUAAAAUUCAAGAAGGACAAUCGGCUAGGCUAGAUUGUGUGAUUGUAGGUCAACCUGAACCGGAGGUAAUUUGGUACCACGAUGAACAACCGGUAAAAGAAUCAUCAGAUUUCCAAUUACUCUUCCAAGGUGAUCGGUGUUCAUUAGUUAUUCAUGAAGCUUUCUUGGAUGACGCCGGUGUUUACAAAGUAGUUGCUAUUAAUUCUGGUGGCGAAGCAUCUAGUCAGUGUACAUUAACAAUUAUGCCACCUCGCACCUUAAAUGUAAUCGAUCGAGUGGAGAAACAGGAAGGAACUCUUGCCAGUGGUUCCGUGCCAAAGUUUGUGAAACUUCCUACGGACUUGCUAGUGGCUGAAAGCGAAAAUGCAAUUUUCGAAUGUGCUGUAAUUGGAGAACCUAAGCCUGAUUUGAAAUGGUAUUCGGACGACGGCGAAAUGAUCCAAGAUGGAAGAAUUUUGAUUGGAGAAAGAAAAGAUGGAACGGCCUUUUUACAAAUUUCAUCAACGAUAAAGGAAGAUAAAGGCAAUUACGUGGCGAAAGCCAUAAACACACAUGGUGAGGCAAAAGCUUUCGCUAGAUUGGUUGUAAAGUCACUCGGUGAUUUUAAGAGAAACGAAGAAUUUAUACAGAUGGAAGAAAAAUUGAUUCAACCAACAUUCAAAGAAAAGUUUCAGGACAGAAAAGUACUGGAAGGAGUUUCAACAAAAUUCGAAUGCAUUGCCACUGGUAAACCUUCUCCUAAGAUUCAGUGGUUCUUUAAUGGACGAACGGUUCACGGGAAAGAUUUUCUAGUUUCCGUUAGUGGAGAUCGACAAGUUUUGACAAUUCCUGUGGUUGGAGACGCACAUGUCGGUACUAUCUCUUGUAUAGCGGAGAACACGGCUGGUAGAGCAGUUUGUAGUGCUAAAAUAGAAAUUGAUAGUGGAUCAGUGAGGCCGGCUGCAAGUGAAGUCAAGGAAGUGUUCGAGUUAGUUCCAUAUUUUCCUGCAGGCACUAUGCAUCCUGCAAGCAGCAGCGAUAAACACAUUUCAAGAGAGAAAACAUAUGACGAAGGUGGCGGUGAAAGUCAAGUGCUAACCAAAAUGUCAUCGACUGUCACACAUUCUUCAACAAUGUCCACGAAAAAGGAAUUUUCAUCAUCUACUAUGACUUCGACUUUGUCACAAUCUGGACACGAACCUAUCAGCGUUAGCACCAAAACAACUGUGCAAAGUUCCGAACAGUCCACUUCAGAAAACGGAGCACCACCUGUCGUACAGUCUCAAAAAAUCGAGGAGUAUGAAAAGAUCAUACAAGAGCAACCUGGCGAGAUGAGACAAGAGAAAACCGUUCUCGUGUCUGAAGAAACGGAAGGUGUAAAACGCGAUGUUAAGACAAGUCAAGUUCAAAAACCAUCUAGGAAACUGAUAGCACCAAGAUUCAUUUCACCUAUUACAGGAAUGAUCGUCGAUCAAGGAGCUGAUGUAGUUCUCGAAGGUAUCGUUGACGGUUUUCCGCAACCGACGAUUCUAUGGUCAAAGAACGGUCAGGAGCUGACAUUGAAGGAUAAUAUAAAAACUAGUUACGCUCACAAUCACGUCAAAUUGGAACUGAGGAAUGUCAAUGUGAAAGAUGCUGGACGUUAUACCUGUAAAGUGAGCAAUGAUGUUGGAAGUGCUAGUAGCACGGCUGACUUGGUCGUUAAAAAAACAAUAUUUCCACCUGUUUUCGGCAAGCGCCUUAAGGCCCAAGUAAUAAAGAAAGGUGAUCGUGUUAUUAUGGAGGUAGAAAUUACUGGUAUUCCUGAGCCUACGGUCAGUUGGUAUAAAAACGAUAUGCCGAUCAAUGAGCAACCACCAAGAUUGAAAAUUAUUCAACAAGGAAAUUGCUACACGCUGUUCAUAGACAAAGUCAGAGAAGAAGAUGCUGGCAAAUACAUGGUACGAGCGACGAACGCUGGUGGCGAGGCGCAGAGUAUCGCUGAUAUCGCGGUUUUUGAACCAAAGCCUGAUACUAUGGUCGAGGUGCAUAAAACUGUCACUUACGAAAAUAUUCAGGAUAAAAGUGUCGUCCAGUCUGAGGGAAAAAGAGAGGAGAUGGCAUCAAGUAUUUCAACGAGCGAACAAACACCAACGACAGCGAUCGCGUUUGUCGGAUUGAAGCCUGCAACAUUGGCCUCGACUACAAUCGACAUGGUGCAAAAGAUCGACGAACCGGAAAUACAAGCUAGUAAAUCGGAAACGAUUUCAUCUAUAAUCGAAUCCCAUGAAACCAAAACGAAGUCAGAACAAAUGUUCCAUAUGAAAUUGGAACAUAAAACUCCAUCCAUUGUGGAGUCCGCGCCUCGAAUCGAACAAACGAUUACGACAAAGGAAGUCGACCGUGACAAAAAAGAUGUCACGAAGCCGUUAAUACAAACGGAAGAAAGAUCAACGAUCGAUAAUGAAAACGUAGAGACUUCUACGAUUGCAAAAAAAGAUGCAUUGAGUUUCUUCGAAUCUAUUACGAAGGAAAGUGAGAUAAUGCCAAAAGGGCCAAAGGAAAUGAUUAAGCUGACGGAAGAUGGGCAAACUCAGGAAGCGACGGUUGGAAAAUUAACAAAAAAUUAUGAACGAGUAUCCGUUUAUCAAGAAGCGAAGAAACCGGAAGCAAAACUGUCAGGGUUUCAGACAACAAAGAAGGCUGCCCAGGAUAUUUUUACCAAGUUAGAACAAGGUUCGUCGUCUCGCGGAGUGGAUAAUAAACUAUUUGAAUUUCCAUACGAGAGUCCUAGACUGCCCUCAACGGAGAUACAAAAGACUGCAGAGGAAAGAAUAACUUCCGGUACGUCUAUUUCGCAAAUUCAGACGAGGAGUUCUGAAACGAUGAUGAAAAGUUUUGAUCUAGUGCCGGAACCACCUCCUGAGAUAUGCUACAUGCCAAAACCAGAAGAGAUGAAAAAAAAACGACCUGAAGUAUUUGUCAAGGCAAAACAGCUUCAGGAAUCUUUUGAUAAGACACUCUCUCCUAUAGAUGCUCCAGUCGGAGGUGUAAAGAUCUUUCCUACGUCUACUCCAAAGGCACCAGAACCUUUUAAAGCCGCCGAACCUAUUCUAACAUGUACAAUACCGCCGCCAUUUGAACUCGAGAAGAAAGAAACAUUUGAAAAGACAUGCGUAAAGAAAGAUGCAUACGAGAAAAAGGAAAGCAAAUAUUUCAAAGAGGAAAAGAUGGAACCAUCAAAAUGCACUUCGACAUCGAUUUUGAGAAGUACUUCUCCUGUUAUCAGACCGUGGUCUUCAUCAUCGGAUGUAGAAACCAAAUCGCACGUGUCUACAGACUUAUCGGAAUAUAGAUGUCAUUCAGCUGCUUCUAGUCAUCAGGAAAUUUUGAGAUCUACAUCACCGAAACCAUCUAUAGAUGCACUGACGAUGGAAAAAUCUUGGGCGAAAAAAUACGUAGAUUCAAAUAGAAAAUCGUGGCCACCACAAACUCAAGCGAUCCAAAAGUACGAUUGGAAUAUUCCUGUUGAUGAAUACAAGAGCUCUUCGAGAGAAUUUGAGCAAAAGAUUGAGGAAACACCGCAAGGUGGAAUAAAGAAGAUUAGUACGGAAUCGUCUGCCAAUGUAGAAAAACGCUCGUGGUCCAGCAAAGAAAAAUUCACUGAAAAGAUAACGGAAGCAUCUCCACCUACGUUUAAAUUAGGUCCGAUAAUCUAUAACGCCGAAACGAUUAAAGUCGACCAUACUGUAAAUACUGUGCAAGAGAAGGCUUUGUUCGAAAAAUACAUAACUGAAUGCAACAUGGAAAAAGCUGAAACAAUACAGAAAAUGGAAGAUUUCAGCUCGAAACGUUGGGCAGAAGACAAAGAGUUGAAGGCACCUAGUUUGGUAAAGAAGGUUGAGCCAACCACGAAAUCGCUUGUGAUACCACAUCGUCCUAUGGAGACAAAAGUGGACUCGAUCGUUCUCGAGCCAGGAUCUCCUCCAGAAAUUGGAUAUAUUCCACCACCCGUUGCAAAAGAAAAAACUGCAUUGGAGUAUACGAAAAUAGAAAAAAGAGUAGAGGAACCACCCGUACUUCCACCGAAAGAUGUACGUAUUACACCGCCCCCCGUCCCAACUAAAAAACCUAUUAAACUCUCAACACCAGUUCCAUCAAGGUUCAUUAAGGGCUCCUUUAGUCACGAAAGUGAUUACGAGUCUGAUUUCGACAACCGUCUGAAAGCAAAAUGGAGACCUUACGAGAGCGAUAGCGAAGAGCCGCAUUAUCGAAGAGUCAAGGCACCUGUUCCGAAACAACCAAGGCCGAGGUCCACCGAACCUGAGCCACUCCCGCCUUCAAAAUUCGAGACUCCUUCACAAUUUCCAGGGCUAUCCAAAUCACUCGUUGCUACAGAAUCUUCCGAAAAAGCAGCAAGAAAAAUCACAUUUAAACGACACGAGCGAGAAUUCAAACAACAACAACAACAACAGCAGCAGCAGCAGCAGCAGCAGCAAAGUCCGAUUUCUUUAAAACCCGGUUCUCCACCUAUUUACGUACAGCCGAGCACGAAGAGUUCAGCGCCGAAAUCUCCUAUUAAAAAACCGGAAUCUCCAAAGUUUAAAACAAAAGUUUUUCAACAAGAAAGCGGUUAUAUGGCGGAUACCGACGAGCCAUUCCAGCAGAAGGCUUCAUCCAUGACGAUGCAAAAAUUUGUUGGAAAACGCGACGGUCCCUCGACAAUGGUUCACACGGAGAGUCGUACCACGUGCACUGAAAGCCGAACAAAGUCUUUUGAAAGUCACAGUUACAAAAGUGAUCAUUUGCGAAAAGAAGAGACUUCCUUUGUCUCACCAACUGUUUGUAGUGCACCGGCGACUCCCAAAACCGUUCACCAACAACGCAGCUCGUUGGAGAAGAGCUAUGCAUCAUCAACCAGCAGUGACCUGCGUAGAUCCGAAUCCAUGAAGGAGACGGGAUAUUCCAUAAACCAGUUGCAUAGAAAAUUGGAACCAGCGGAAAAAGUUUUGUCCACCUCUCCAGGUCCUUCAAAAUUAAUGAAGGGUGACUUUCGCGAGAGCGACUAUGAGAGCGACUAUGAUGGUAAAACAUCGUUAAGCCACACCGUUAGCUCCACAAAGUUUAGUGCUGCUGAUUUAGGAAAAUCAACAGAACCGAUCUUGCCUCGCAAGCAACAUACAGUAGUAGUACCAGCAAAACCAAAAACGGUUCUCCUACCUGGCUCUCCACCGGAACUCGCUUAUGCGCCACCCCAAUCGCAACAACAAUUUUACGAAGCACAUACAGGCGUACCAUUUACAAACGCGAUGGGCACAGAGAUGAAAAAAACCGUGAGGAUGGACGAGUCAACGGAGAAUGCUAGAAGGAUUGUUACUGUUGAGCAAACAAGCCGAGUAAUUAAGUUUGGUGACACACCUGCCCAAAAACAACAAACGACUAAUUACUAUGUUCCUAAACCGAGAAAAUUUGUGCAAGGGCAAUUUCGGGAAUCUGAUUACGAGAGCGAUGUAGAUUCAAGUAGAAUUCGACCGAAAUGGACUCCAGCGGAUAGUGACACCGAGGAACCAUAUUACCGAAGAGUUCAACCACCUACAGGAAGAAGUGUGAGAUCUUUGAGUGCACCAGUUAGGCAGACACACAUCGCAUCACCGAUGGAGUUUGACACCAGUCCUCCGACAACGUCAUUGACGCAGAUUCGCAGAGAAGAUAUGGACGAAAAGAUCAAUUUUCAAAAGUACCAACAGCGUACAACUUCCGGAAAGACCGACAACGUUUUACAGCCUGGUGCACCGCCUGAAUACGGAUUUAUCUCGAGAAGCGGCGUAAAAAGAGCAGCAGGCCACAUCGCGUCGCGUCAUAUGAGUGAUAUGACGAGCAGUUUUAAAUCUAAAACCGAAAAGUUUGUGAGCGAUAUCCAAUCGGAUUUGAGACAGGGUAAACCGAUUUUGAAGCAUCCUAAUGACUCCAAGGUAACCGAUACUGACGAGCCAAGAACUUAUAGAGAAGAAUCGCGAGUCACCGAACACGGAACAAAACAAAUUGAUCCGGAUACUGGACUUAUAUACUUCAAGUACGAUUUUGGCUAUGAAUUCGGUAUCGUUUUGCCUGGCGAAGGUAAAAAAACGGUUGAGAGCAGCAAGAAGAGCAUUCAAGGACAGAGACGUUCCAGCGAUAUAGAAGUACCUAUAAUUCACGAGUUUACUGAAAAGAAGGCGAAUGGUUAUAUGAAGAAAGGCACAUUUUUAAACCGGCAGAGCAAGAUUGGAAAUAAAUUCGGAAACUCAAAAACUGUUAAAUGGGAGCCAACAUCAGAGAGCGAGUUUUCUGAAACUGAAGACACAAAGAAUCUGAAUAAAAAGCAAUCGAAUAAGAGAGACAUAGAAUGCUCAAUGACACCUCCAAGUCUUGUCAUACCUAGCUCUAUGUCACCAUCAAGAUGGGAUCGUACAACGCCCAGUCCGCUUUCUCUUAGUCCAAGCCUGCCAAGCCUCUCUCCGAGACAGAGUAGCGCUACUGGACCACCUAGCAAUGUGGAUUCUGCAGGUUCACCGUGGCCAAUUAGCAAUGGAGUAUCAUCGAGUAAGGAAGUAAUUCAGCCUUAUCUCGAAAUACUACCGAAGAAGGCUCCUACAUUCAUUACGCCGCUAAAAGAUAUCGCGGUAGUAAGCGGACAACCAGCUAGAUUUGAAUGUAUUGUUCAGGCUGAACCACAGCCCAAUAUCCUUUGGUCAAAAGAUCAUAGAAUCGUCGAAAAUUCUAAGAGCCAUGAAGUCCAAUAUAGAAAUGGUGUUUGUCGCCUUACCAUAACGAGAGCUUUACCCGAGGACGCUGGGACUUAUGUGUGUACGGCAACGAAUAGUUUAGGUUCUACCGUAACUUCUGCCAAUUUGGAGGUUCCAGGUAAUAGACGAUCUAUAUAUGCUCCUACUUCGUAAGGAUCUGGUGAGAAAAGGAACAAACAACCGAACGGAAUAAAUGGCAAAGGUGGUGGAAUAUUUAAUUUUUAACUUCGGUCUGCUAAUGCCGGAGACUUGCAUCGUGUCGUAUUAUUUGAGUAUAACUUAUCCAGGCUACAAACUAAUAUGGUGAAGGAAAUAAUGAUAUAUAAUACUCGAUAUACCUAUUGUAGUUUCUAUGCGAGAAAAGAUUCUGGCAAAUUUUUGAAGGAUUGAAAAUGAGCAAAUAAUUCGAUGUCAAAAUGCUUCUUCUAUAUAGCUUGCUUCUUGCCGGGGAUAAACAAUAAUUUUUAUCGCGAUAUAAAGAAAUUAAAAUAAGUGCUACUAAUCAUGCCAAAAGAUAGAGCAAAAGUCGGAUAGCUUUGUCUCAAUGAGCAUAAUUAUUUCUAUUAUAUUUUCUUGUAAUGUUCUCAAAAUAAUGUUUUGACUAAAGCUAGUCAACUAAACUAGUCAAUAAAACACAAAUAGCGAAAGAAAUAAGAAACGCAAAGACUUUUUCAUCAAACGACAUAUAAAAUACUUUAGUUGUGCCAUUGGAUAAAUUAAUACAAAUUUUUUGUAUACUUUAUUUGUUUUCUGUUUAACAUCUCAUCUGUUUUAAAUAUUGUGAAUUUUUAAUAUUAUUCUUUUAAACAUUAUACUUUCUAAAUGUUAUAUUUUCU